AUGUCGACCAAAGAACUACGACGUCUUCUAUCUUCUACACUUUCUCAACGUCAAGCUUCUGCCUCCGCUUCUUCUAAAAUAACACAUCCAUUUGCGAAAUAUGAAAAUAAUAAACUUUAUUGUAUUGUGUGCUCUUCUACCGUCAAGAAUGAUACCUUAUGGAACGUGCAUCUUAAUAGUACGGGACAUAAAGAGCAACUGAAAAAGUUAAAAGAAGUCAAAGAAAGAGCCAAGAGUGGUGUUGGUGGUGGUCGUACUACUGGUCAAACUUCAACAACAAAACUUAGUAAAGAAACAAAUAAGAGUUUUAGCACGAUAAAUCAAGCUGAGAAGAAGAGACAAGCUAGUAGUUUGGAAAGCACGAAAAUAGUAAAGAGGAGUGGGGGAAGAGUGAAAUUUGCAAUCGAUGAAGAGAAAUCAAGUACCUCUUCCGCUUUACCUCUAGAUUUCUUUGAUGAUUCGGAACAAAUGGAUUACGAAAAAAAUGACGAGCAAAUAAAUCCAUCAAAUGGUUUCUUUGAUGAGCCUUCAUCUUCAGCACAACUCGCUUCUUUACGUAUAGAUUCUUCUUCGCCUCAAGAGGACGAUACAAAAUCAGCACAAAAAGUAGAGCCCGUUAUUUCUGAGUCUUCAGUAUUGCCUGAUGACUUUUUUGAUAAUCCAAAGAAAUCUUUAGGCUCAUCAUCAUCAUUAGGAAAUGUCGAGAAAAAUCAGUCAGCAGAAGUUGACGAAGAAGAAUGGCAACUUUUUCAACGGCUCAUUUCUAAAGAAACGCAAGUUUCCAAUAAAAUUGCAGAUGCUGAUGAUGAAGAAUUGCAGCGUGAUCGAGAUGAAAUGCAGGAAAGGGAACAAGAAAUGUGUAUUAAAAGAUUGGAAAAAUUAAAAGAAUCUGCGAAUCGUGUUAAACAGAAACAGAGUGAAAAAAUGAUGAUCGCCUCUACUUCUACAUCAUUAAAGGAGGAAGCGAGUGAAGAUGGCGAUGAGAUGGAGGAGGAGGAUGACGAAAACGAAUGGAUGGAUUGGAGAUCACAAAAAAUAUUACGAUAA